AACAUCAGUGCACAGACGCAUCGGCACGCAACAGUCGCGAUGCGCGCGCUCCGCCCGGCGGCUUGCUUGGCGCUCCUGCUGAGUCAUACAACCCUGGUAUAUUGUCACCAAGAGGGCUACUAUGCUGAGGAAGGCUAUCCUGAUGACAUUUUAGAUGUCGCAGAGAGCGCCACCGCGUGUCCGACGGACCGCGUGCUGCGAACGCGAGAGACAUGCCGCACCGACGGCGGCGCUGAGAUGGAAUGCAUUCGACUGCACUGCUGUGAAACGUACCGCCACGUCGCCGGACGAUGCAUCCCAAACGACGUGCAGCCGUGCAGUCUGAACCUCUGUGAGCAGGCGUGUGAAGAACGCGGGGAGAGGCUGUGGUGCUCGUGCCACGCGGGGUACCGGUUCCAUGAAGAGAACUAUCGGCGAAGGACGCAGCCGUAUUGUGUUGACAUAGAUGAAUGCGUUCACAACAAAGGCGGCUGCGAGUAUCGCUGCGUGAAUGACCCGGGCGGGUUCCACUGCGAGUGCCCCUCCGGUCAAAAUCUGGCUGGCGACGGGAGGAGCUGCGCGCGCCCUAUUGUUAUGCCUAUGACGUUGCCAGAACCGCUGCCCCUCAUUCGUGCAUCGUCCCGGUGCUACGCCCCAUGUGACUCCGUAUCCUGGCUGUCGCGGAAAGUCCGAUCUCUCACUGACCAGCUGCACUCCACGCAGGCCGCCUUGAAGAAGAUCAUGGAACAUCCACUUUUCAAAGAAGAUGCUGACCAGUUUUCUGAAGGCUCUUACACAUACAGAGUACUUGAUGCUACUGCCCCGUUAGAGGGGGGAUACUGCAAAUGCGAGAGAGGGCCCAGAGGUCCUCCUGGUGCUCCAGGGGUCGAAGGUCCAAAAGGCGACGCCGGCGCCAGAGGACCCAGGGGCGCCCGUGGUCCCAAGGGCUCCAUGGACUUGAUGCUUCUGUUGCUGGCCGACAUUAGACAUGACAUCAACAACCUGGAGACUAGAGUGUACAAGGAAGGCGAACAUCCAGAGCGGUUCGACCUGCAGAAGGCGUGGCGAUGGCAGCGCAAACAAGAAAGAUUGGAGAAGGAACGCAAGACCGAUCAAGAGUUAGAAGCUUACACGGUUCCACCAGUCAUUACUACAAAGGGGCCCGUUGAAAUCUCGCCAAAUGGAGUAACCGGCGAAAUCGCUCACGACUGCGAGACAGAAAGCACCACAGACAUGGUUAAGGGAGAGAAGGACCCCACAGACCUGCCCAUGACCUUCCCCGAUAUGGACGAGAAGCUGCUGGAGUUCCACCUGCUGGCCAACUCCACGCACCCGGGGGACGAGGAUCUGGACACCGACUAUGACUACAGCUUUUACUGAUUACAUUUUAACUAAACUUA